AUGAAAGAUCAGGUAAAAAAGAGUCCAGCUCGACUGUUUCAAGAAACUGCCAAACAUUUGUCACUCCAUCCACGCACAAUGAUGGAACAAGAAAAUAACCGUAAGAGUGCGUAGUUCCAGAAAAUAUACAUACCAAAAACACCCCCCCUCCCCCGACGGAGGGCAACCGAAAACAAACUAUACGGGACCAACUUAACCCAGUGUCUAAUAACAAAGAAUUCCUCGAUAUCUUUCUAGGAGUAAUGCACCUUAUUACCAGACAGUGGCAGUACUACUUUUCCUUAAUACUUAUGUUAAUCAGUUCUCUUUGCCUCGAUUGCACCUACAAAAUUCAAAAGAAAGAUAAAAGAAUAUCAAAAUUUGACGCCAUUUUUUUUUUUGAAUAAUGUGCUUAUUGAAAUCAAUUUUACGUUAGUCAAUCAAUCAGUCAAUUUUAAGUUUAUUGUAUAAUUAUUUACCUAUAUAUCAUUCUUUCUAUUGUUCUCAUUUUUAGUUUAUCAGCAACGUCUUAUGUAAAUUUCAAUUCAAAUUUUUGGAGCCGUUAUAGUAUUUUCUUUUAGUGUUGUUCUGGCCCUGGGGAAGGCAAAUUUUGUUUGUUGAAAUAUUAGUCUCAAAUAAGUCAGCCCCUUUGUCGUAUUGCCAGUCUUAGCUUGCAUUCAAUGAAUUUGGUUUUUGUUUGCUACCUACUUAAAUACCUAAUACCUACCUAUCUGUCCUUCCUACCUACCUAACUACCAACCCUACCCUACCCUACCCAUCUACCUGCCCUUGACUUACGGCCUGUACUCCCUAAGGUGAAAAUGCCAUAAUAAUUGUCUUUUGUUGCGUUUAAUUUCAGCUGACGUAAAUUGAUUUAUAUACACCGGCUGUGAUUCACGAAAAGUGACUCAAAAUGGAGAUUGGCAUGUAAGUAUAAAGGAGUGCACCACACAAUUGUUUGAAUAUAGAGGUCCAAUGGGCAUAGUUUUUAAGGCGCUCGGUCUUUAAAGGGACACAGUCAGCCAUGGGACCGUGCUGGCCUGGGCAAUACUUUUCCCAGUUUGAAAAGCGUUUACCUCAACCCGAAAUCAAAUCUACGCGUCCGAUACAUCUAGAAAUCCGCUUCAAUCCUACCUAGUGUUUCAUUCGAUCCUCGAUCUUUUUACUGAAAAUCUCUUUUUGAGCAAACUUUUACUCAUCCUAUGACAUUAUUUUAUCAUAUUUGGUUAAAAACAGUAUUCAAAGGAACAUGAACAGAAGCGGUGAGAAACGCGUAGGCGCCGGGCGGGAGAAAUCGCCUUCUUUUACCAAAAUAACAAGAGAAAUGAAUCAGUAACAUUGACGAGCAAAUAAUCGUUAUAUAUAUUUGGAAAAUGGAUGCAAAAGGUUACAUAUAUUUGGAAAAUCAAGCGUUCUCGACCGUGAACCUUCCACACAGUACAAUCACUCAGACUUCGUGCAAUUUCUCACCUCUACUGACGUUCGAAUUCGAAAGUAUUCGUCGAUGUUUGGCUUCCCUGGAAAAAUCCAUCGGUGAAUUCUCAAUGGUAUAUAAAAAAUGAGUGCUCUGAUGUGGCUUAGGGCCUAUAAUCACGAUUUCGGCUUGUAACUAGUUCAACUCUACAUGGUGUGUUUAGAGUAUUCCAGAUACGCUUUUGUUUCACGCGCGUCUUGUGACAUGCAAAUCAGCUAAGAAGUUGUAUUUAAUGCGUAUGUGCAUCAGCUGACUGUGUCCCUUUAAGGAAGGUUCAAUCUCCAGCCGUGAAAGCUUCGAUGCACCCGAGGUACUCCCCACCAGACAGCUGGGCGCACGGGCCAAUCAGAAGCCAGCCCGCAAAAUUCUGCGAGCUGGCUUCUGAUUGGUCAAUUUUAACAAUUGCAUAAAUUAUUAGUGUGAAACUACUCUAAUACAAACAAAUAGGGCGCGCAAUGCAAGAUUGAAAAUUUUUGCUUGGGCCCUGAGAAGUAUUCGUUCCUAAUAAUUAUAGGGAAAAACAAAGUCUGGCUUUGAAGGAGCUUAUUCAGGGUCAAGAUAAUUUUUUUAUUCUACUAACGAUUUCAAUAAAAUCCUUAAUUUUUCAAUCUUUUCCCAUAGUAAUGGAUUAUGUGAAAGGCAACCAAACUGAAAAGUCUAUUAUGAUAGUCGUCUUUCCACUUGUUUCACUUAAGAAAGGCCAAGUAAAUUAUCUUAACAGCAAAGGUAUAAAGGCAGCUUACCUCGGUGAAGGCCAAUGA